GAGCGCGGGCUCCGCCCCCGCCGGCAGGCCCCGCCCCGCGCCCGGGUUAGGUUGCGGCGCGGGCGGCGGGCGGAGCUGGUCCCGUUGUGCUGCGGCGCCGCGCGGCCUGCAGUCCCGGGCCCGCGCCCCGCGCCGCCCGCCCGCCCGCCCGCCAUGGAGCCUGGCCCCGACGGCCCCGCCGCCUCCGGCCCCGCCGCCAUCCGCGAGGGCUGGUUCCGCGAGACCUGCAGCCUGUGGCCCGGCCAGGCCCUGUCGCUGCAGGUGGAGCAGCUGCUCCACCACCGGCGCUCGCGCUACCAGGACAUCCUCGUCUUCCGCAGUAAGACCUAUGGCAACGUGCUGGUGUUGGACGGUGUCAUCCAGUGCACGGAGAGAGACGAGUUCUCCUACCAGGAGAUGAUCGCCAACCUGCCUCUCUGCAGCCACCCCAACCCGCGAAAGGUGCUGAUCAUUGGGGGCGGAGAUGGAGGUGUCCUGCGUGAGGUGGUGAAGCACCCCUCCGUGGAGUCCGUGGUCCAGUGUGAGAUCGACGAGGAUGUCAUCCAAGUCUCCAAGAAGUUCCUGCCAGGCAUGGCCAUUGGCUACUCUAGCUCGAAGCUGACCCUACAUGUGGGUGACGGUUUUGAGUUCAUGAAACAGAAUCAGGAUGCCUUCGACGUGAUCAUCACUGACUCCUCAGACCCCAUGGGCCCCGCCGAAAGUCUCUUCAAGGAGUCCUAUUACCAGCUCAUGAAGACAGCCCUCAAGGAAGAUGGUGUCCUCUGCUGCCAGGGUGAGUGCCAGUGGCUGCACCUGGACCUCAUCAAGGAGAUGCGGCAGUUCUGCCAGUCCCUGUUCCCCGUGGUGGCCUACGCCUACUGCACCAUCCCCACCUACCCCAGCGGCCAGAUCGGCUUCAUGCUGUGCAGCAAGAACCCGAGCACGAACUUCCAGGAGCCGGUGCAGCCGCUGACGAAGCAGCAGGUGGCGCAGAUGCAGCUGAAGUACUACAACUCCGACGUGCACCGCGCCGCCUUUGUGCUGCCCGAGUUUGCCCGCAAGGCCCUGAAUGAUGUGAGCUGAGCCCAGGCGCCACCACUGAUGCCACCCAGGACCUUGGACCUUGGAGCCUGCGGGGUGCCUCGGCCCCUCCAGCCCCGGGCCCGACCUCCUGCUGGCUCUCGCCCACCAACCAAGUGUUACAAGCCCCAGAAUGCUGCCCGGCCUGCCCUGCUGGGCGGACUGUCUGUGUGUCUGUCUCUCUGGCGUUCCACCUCCAAGCCUAUACCAGCUGUGUACAGCGCCAUCUCUCUGCCUUCUGUUGCCCCUCACUCACCAAACACGUGUAUUUAUAGCAAA